AGCCCUCAAUCCACCACCCCUCCAGGACGUAACAGUGUAUGAGAGAGAGCGAAGAUGCAGAGGCCAGGAAGUCGUAAAGGCCCAGCAACGUUCAAGCAAAUGUUGCAAGAGCUCGCGUCCAACCCUAGGACCCCGCAAACGGGCAAAUCACUGACUAACAUGUUCGACAACGAGGCUCUCAAAUUCCUCAUUGAAAAAACUAAAGUACAAGGGGAAACGAUUGUCGAAAAAGUGAAGAACAAUGAAAACAAGGAGGAAGAGAUCAUAAUCUGGAAAUACCCGGAAGGCAAAGUGUCGGAAUUGGAUGAACUACGUGAAAAACACGCUGUGGUCUUCAAUUUCGCCAGAAGUGGUGCUGACUUACAACCAGCAGAAAAACGGAAAUGGAUUACAGCGACGAUAAAAAAAGAAGACAAGCUGAAACCUUCAAGUGAGCCCUUUUCCAUGUUGGGCCUGGGCCGCAACUCGAUUAUAGUGACCUUCAAUCUGGAGGACCAUGUGCGCAUUGCAGCCGAGAUGAAGUCCAGGAACUGCAAUGGCUCAAUAUGCACUAUCACGCAAUGGAAGAAACAGACAAAUACGAGGCCAAACCCAACGUUCUCGGUAUCAUACAAGCAAACCCUGCUGAAAGAACAAUUCUGGGUACAGUUUGACAAUAUUCAACCCGGCUUCCAUGGGUUGCUGGUCGACAGACUCGAAAGACAAUAUCCGGCAAACAAGAUCCUUAAAUGGAUUUUGCCGAUGUCGGACUUUCUAGCCCCGCAUUGUGGAUCAAUGACAGCCAUUAUGGAGGUUAAAACCGACGACCCUCCUGUUUUCCCGACAGAAUGGAAAUUUCAGAUCGAAGACAGGGUACAGACAAUUAAAGUGCCAACCAAGGCUUCCCCCAUCUGCUUCAGAUGCAGAGAGAGGGGGCACACGGGAUCAGAUCCUGCAUGUCCAAAGUUCCCGAAGCAGCAAAGAGAGAAGAAGCUUCACCCCAACAUGAUGUUGGAGGUGGAAGACGCCCCGGGAACUUGGUUCAUUGUGGACCCAACCUAUGACGACUGGGUCUUUGAUGACAACCUGGACGACCCUGAGUGGGUCUGGCAUUAUGCAGACAAGGAGCCGACAACAAAAAAAACGGAUAUAUUUCCACCAGCAGACAGCAGGUGGCAAAAGAAGGCCACAGGCAAGGAGACAGAGAACCCAGCGAAGAUCAAAACGGUUCCCCUCAAUGACUCCCGUGUGAUCAGGGAGGAGAAAGCACGGGAAGACUUGCUCUGGGACCUGAACUCGGUCCGGGGCCAGAUCGAGGAAGAAUACUCCAAAGAACCUGCAAAAAUCCAGGCCAAAAUACAAGCAUACAUCAGCCUCAAAGAACAGGAACUAAAGCAAGAACUGAACCAAAAACUGAACCAGACCCAGACGGACAAUAAACGAACCAUGGAAGGAGGCAGGACCAUGGAAGGAGGGGAGCCAAGAUCAAAGAAAAGGAGAGGCCUCACGGAAGACAUCAAAGAAGGGCUGCAGCAGGCCCCCGAGGGGGUACAACAAACGGACUCAGCCUCAGACGAAAGGCUUGGGGACAGCAGAAAGGCCGCUGCCUCCACAGCCUCCAACAUCGAAGAUGACGGCCUAGCCAAGAGAUCCCUCCAAUGGUUAAGGGACUAUAUCGAAAAGGCGAAGAAGGAGCGGGAACACCUCUUCGAUAUCCGCACAGCCUGCAUGAAACACAUGGAGAGGACCCAGAAAAAGGGGUCAAUUGCAGGCAUUCAGACCUCCACAAAUGAAUACGACCUGCUGAAAAAAGCAGAGGAGUUUUCUGAGUAUACUGCGUUCAGAUAUGCCGAGAAGAAGAGGGCCAGGGAGCAAGGCCUCAAAGACAAAGGUUUAACUCUUGCUGACUCCAGAGAAACCCUCCAGGAGCUACGACCAAAGAAGUGGAAAACCACCAUGAAUCAGAAAAAAAAAGAGUUUAGCACAAAUCAAGCAGAUUCGGAGGGUACAGAAAAAACAGUCAGGGCUGAACUGGAACAGGAAAUUGCGGUAGUUGAGGCUCAGUCAGAUAAGCUGAAGAAACUGAAUACCGUUUAUGAGCCCGAGUUCACAUCCCUCCGGCACAUAGCAGAAGGCAAAGCCCCCCAUGUGCUGGAAUCAGCCAAAUCUGCGAGGUUAACACUGAUGGGAACCCGCCCUCUUUUGGCUGCCCGCUUUGUGGAGAAGACAAAAGAGUGGCAGGUGGCCACAGAUGUGUCCUUCGCGAUCCCGAGAAUCGACGAAGGGCGGAAUGUGGCAACCAUCCUGUGGGAAAAAAUCACAAUGGCAUACCCCCUGGGUGUGUUGGUAACGGACACCCCAGCUUCUAAACAGGACGAUGAGGCUCAGCCAUGUGUUGUCAGGGAUGGUAUCCCCGCUGAACUACAGGCCGCCUCACUGGCUGUUCUGAUCACCGAGGUAAUCUUCAGUGGAGAUGCUGAUCUAGACUCCAGGGCCUAUGCAAUAGACCUGGACAGUUACUACAGAGAUGACUACACUGAAGAGGACAUGGAAGAGUGGAUCGAGACCGACCCCGAAGCCAAGCUAGAGGGCUCCCCGUCCAAAGGAAUGACUGGCAGCAUUGGGGAGUAUAGGCUGGACGAAUCCCUAUCCGAUACUCAAUCUGACCCUCCUGGGAACGCAACAGAUCCUAUGGAGCCCGGGGGCAUAGGCACCACCUAGACCCAGAGUCAUUAGCCCCUUCUUGGUCACCGUAUAAACCAGACCAUGGAUCUGCUCACAAGAGAAGCCAAUGCAAAGGGGCGGAAGGUGGAUUGGAAAACACAAGGCUUAAUCAUYCGUAGCUGGAAYGUCAAUGGUCUUGGGAAUAUUACCARUAAAGAAGAUAAAAUGAAUGACAUAAUURAAG